UCCGAAAGCUUGCAGCAGACACAAAAAAGCUGGCAGACUAAAAAAGCAGCUGGCAGCGAAAUUACAAAAAAUUGAAAUUGAUCCCGAGGAAAAUUAAGAAAAUUACAUUGCAAUCGCGACCAGCGGGCGUGUGUGUGUGCGAGUGCGUGUGCGCGAGCGAGAGAAAAAAGCGAGCGAAAAGAACGAGCACACAGAAAUUACACAAGUUGUAAAAAAAAGUCAAAGGAAGGGGGGAGAAAAGAAACGUUGGCCGAGACCAAGUAUUGAUUUUUUCAUAGGCGACUCCUCCGUUCUUAUUGUUGUUGUUUUUCUGCGGUGGCAAUUAACAAACGGUGUUUCUUACUGUUUGACGACUCGGGAGAGCGGAAAAGCGGACGACAAGCGGCGGCAUCACAGUAGUUUUCCACGAGAAUCCCGAUAUCGCUCAUUUGGGGUCAGGAAAAGAGGAAGAAAAAGAACGGAAAGCGUCAGUGGAAAUAUCAGUUUUUCUUUUGUUAAAACCGAAAAUCAAAGUCAGCUAAGUACAAGUACUCCAAAUUCAAAUUCAUAUAAAGCUGGGCAUUAACUGAUAUAAAGAUUAAAUAAACUAAAGCAAGAAAAGAAACAUAAAGACCAAGCAUGCCACAGUCCGAGGGCGGCUAUGUAUCGCUGCCGGCCGUCAAUGGCAAUGGCAGCGCCAUCUAUCAGUCGACCACAGAGCCCACCGCCCCGCCUUCGGUCUUUGAGAGCAUGAAGCGGGCGCUUGGCCAGGCCAUCAAGUCCUCGCCAAAUGACAGCGAGGAUCUGCUCCGCACGGAGCGCCAGCCGGUCAUCGUUGGCGUUGGCGCCAGAAUCUCUUUCAGAGACCGCGACAAAUCCGGUAAGACACUGACCACCAAGAUGCCGUCAGCACCAACACACACUGCCGAGGAGGCACACCUGCUGGGCACCAUGCCCGUUGAUCCCAUGGACGACAUCGAACUGCGCUCUGUGCAGCUGCAAUUCCCCAAUGCCCGCGGCUCCAUUUUGGAGGCCUGCGAACAGCGACGCGUGCCCACAGACAAGGGCGAUGUCCAUGUGGCCAUACAGGGCGAUACGGCCAAGCCGGCCAUAAUCACCUAUCACGAUCUGGGCCUCAACUAUGCCACCAGCUUUGCUGGCUUCUUCAACUUCCCAGUGAUGCGAGGCUUGCUGGAGAACUUUUGCGUUUACCAUGUGACUGCUCCUGGACAGGAAGAGGGUGCCCCCACUUUGCCAGAGGACUACGUGUAUCCUACCAUGGAUGAUCUGGCCGCCCAGCUGCUGUUUGUGCUCUCCCACUUUGGCCUCAAGUCGGUGAUUGGGUUUGGUGUGGGCGCUGGAGCAAAUAUUCUGGCACGUUUCGCCCAUGCCCAUCCGGAUAAGGUGGGCGCUCUGUGCCUGAUCAACUGCGUGUCCACGCAGUCGGGAUGGAUCGAGUGGGGUUAUCAGAGCUUCAACGCCCGCUUCUUGCGCACCAAGGGCAUGACACAGGGCGUUAUCGAUUACCUAAUGUGGCAUCACUUUGGCCGCAAUCCGGAGGAGCGUAAUCACGACUUGGUGCAGAUGUACAAGCAGCAUUUUGAGCGAGGCGUUAACCCGACCAACCUGGCCAUGCUGAUCAAUGCGUACAUUCAUCGCAAUGACCUCCACUUGGCGCGCACUCCACCGGGCACCCCGGGCACUGAGACGGCGGCCACUACGCUGAAGAUGCCGGUGAUUAAUAUCACGGGUUCGCUGUCACCGCAUGUGGAGGAUACGGUGACCUUCAAUGGCCGCCUGGAUCCCACAAACUCAUCAUGGAUGAAGAUUUCCGAUUGCGCUUUGGUGCUGGAGGAGCAGCCGGCCAAGCUGGCCGAAGCCUUCCGGCUCUUCUUGCAGGGCGAGGGCUACGCUGUUGGCACACUGCAAAAGUUGGCGCGCAAAAUCUCAAUGGCCAGUCGGAGCAGUUCCACGCAAAUUGAGCUGAGCGUGCAGUGAGUGAAAUGGCGACCAAAGCCGCCGACAGAGCGUGAACGAGAGCGAAUGUAGAGAGCAGCGACACUGGCAGUAGCAGAAGCAGCAGCAACGGCACAGCCCCCCUUUAAAUUCCGUAGGGGCGCCGAGUGAGAGUGAGAGCUUUUGGAUAACAACCUCCCCCCAAAAAAAAGAAACCCACCUUCCCAAAACAAAAACCAAAACUAUAACAAAACCACUCGAAAAUAUUAUCUGGGGUUUCCAUCAAGUUGGCGCUUUUCCAUAUGGGCAAAACUCUCGCUCCGGUUUCUCCACUUCUGUGAUUUCCAUUGAAAUUUAUUUUGUUGCUCCUUUGUUUUAUAUUUUAAUCCGCUUUUUUGUAAUAAUUACGAAUUUUAGUUUGUAAGCUAAGGGAAAAGAUAAAAACAAGCAGGAGCAAAUUUAGUUUCCAUUUCGUUUGUUGUCUACAUGCAUAUUAUUAAAUAAUAAUAAAAACGCAUUGCUUAUAUGUAUGUUACGUAAAUACCUAUCGUUUUUUCGCCCGUUUUUACCCUUUGCAAGGGAUAAACAUCACUGUAAUCGCUACAAUAUUUGUUAAGUCUUUAAUUCACUAAAUUUUAAAUAUGCACAUGGGGAAUAUAUUCGAAAAAUAACAGUUUUUGUGAGGAAAUUGUAUUCAAAAUUUAGAUAGAGAUAUGGAAUAGGUGAUUUUAAAAUUAUUCUGUUAUGAAUUAAAUGAUUCAAAAACUAAAAUUGAAAUUUCUUUCGGAAUUUUUUAUGACCAACAUAUAUUUCAUUUUUUAACAUUGGAUUGGGUGAUUCUGAACUAAUUAAGCAUUUCAAAAACGUUUUUUUUUUUCAAUAUCUACAGUGUUGUUAACCCUUCCAAUUCGGAACUGUACUUUGCAAAAAUGCGCUGCUUUUUUACCUACACAGACACAACGCAGCUUAAGUAUAUGGAAGCAAUAAGUUUAUAUACACACUUUAUACAAAUAUACAUACAUGACAACGCUAUUAUAUACAUAUUACAUACACUAAUCAUACGCAAAGUCAACAAACAAUGAAAAUAUAAAACAUAAUAAACACGAAAAACAUUAAAAAAAAAAAACGAAAAUUGAAAGUGUAAGCUUUUGUUGUAUAUUUGAGAAUUCUAAAUAAAACGAAGAACGUGAA